AUGGUCCGCGCUCAUACGCCUCUCGCGUUGCUCCUUGCAACAACAAUUGCCAAUGCCGUCGAUGUUCCGGCUCAGGCACAGGUCAUUGACCAGAAGAACUUCAAUGUCCUUGGGGAUGUACCGCCUCCUACUGUAGCGAAUUCUACGACGGUAUGCUUGCCAGAGUGGGAAUCGCCAGGUUCUGAUGUCAUUGUCGCUAACCUGUCACACCAUGUGGUGCGGGAGCAGGUCUUCAUCCCGCCUGGAACGACAAAGGAGUCCCUCUUUGAGAAACCAUUCCACAUCUACGACGAGGAGUUCCUGGAUAUUAUUGGAGCCAACCCCACUCUUACGCUUCUGAACUCAUCUGGAACAAACCCGAGGUUUCAUGAGGCUGCUGUCUGGGUCCCGUCCACGGAUGACUUCUUCUUCGUGCAAAAUGCGGGUGAUCCUGCCGCGGGCACUGGACUCAACAAGUCGGCCGUCAUUCAGAAGAUCUCGCUUUCCCAGGUGACGGCCGAGGUGGCGGCUGAGAGAAAUGCCUCUGGCAAGGUCGACGUUCACUUGGUGCCUGCGACCCCUGCUAUCAUCAACCCCAACGGCGGAACGAACUACAAGAACAGAAUCCUCUUCGCCGGCGAGGGCCAGGGCAGCAGAGUUGCUCCGGCGCUUUAUGUCAUGUCAACCAAUGCCCCUUACAACGCCACGGUCAUCCUGGACAACUACUUUGGCCGUCAGUUCAACUCGAUCAAUGACGUGGCCAUCAACCCGCGUACCGGAGAGAUUUACUUUACCGACACCACCUACGGCUAUGUUCAGGAUUUCCGACCCGAGACUGUGAUUCAGAAACAGGUCUGGAGGUUCAACGAGACCACGGGGGCUGUGGCUGUUGCGGCUGAUGGGUUUAACAUGCCUAAUGGCAUCACCUUCUCUCACGACGGCAAGCAUGCCUACGUGACCGACACCGGCGUCAUCCAGGGCUUCUUCGGACGCAACUCGUCCUUCCCGUCGAGCAUCUACCGCUACGACGUUGAAGAGGACGGCACCUUCUCCAGCCGCAAGACUUUCGCCUUCAUCGCGGCAGGCGUGCCGGAUGGCGUCCACGUCGACACCAAGGGUAACGUGUACGCGGGCUGCGGCGACGGCAUGCACGUGUUCAACCCGUCUGGAAAGCUGCUCGGCAAGAUCUGGAUCGGCAGCACGGUCGCCAACUUCCAGUUUGCUGGAAAGGGUCGGAUGGUGAUUUUGGCUGAGACUGAGCUGUAUUAUGCUACGUUGAAGGCCGAGGGGGCGUUCCCCGGUCAGCUGUAUUGA